AUGCCCCCCGAAGUGCCUCAUUUUUGCUCUUUCGUGGCUCCUCUCGUUCGGUUCACUUCCGCAGUCUCACCGCAAGAACAAGAGAACAAGGCUCAUAGACACAACCAAUCAAGAGGAUCUAAAGCCAUGAACUUUUCCAGAACAAAACUCAUCCCUUUCCUUGUUUUGAUCCUUUCGAUUGUUUCGGUGCUCAGACUUGUUAGAAUUGCAGUAACUACUUCUCCUCCUCCUCCUCCUACUCUUGGAAAAACAUGUUCUUUCCCUUUCAUAUGCACCAAGUUUCCGGCAGAAACAAACGCAUCUGCCAACACCGCCGCCCUCAGGAAAAAGGAAUACCAACUGCUGUCGAAUCUCAUUUCGCAGAAAGCUCCCUGCAACCUCCUCAUAUUCGGGCUUGAACCUCAGUACGUAUCUCUCUCAUCAAUCAAUACAGGCGGCACCACCGUCUUUCUAGAGGAUGAUCAAAACAAGAUAAGCACACUGAAACCAAAUUCCAACACAACCAGAGUUUACAAGGUGGACUACCAGAUACCUGCAAAAGAGGCUUACAAGCUGCUCCAGCAUGCAAGGGGAAACCCAGAUUGCAAACCGAAACUGCUUCAACAAUCAAAAUGUCAACUUGCAUUGAAAAACCUACCGCAAGAAGUCUACGAGCUUAAAUGGGAUGUGGUGGUGGUGGAUGGACCGAGCGGGAACACACCAGAGGAACCGGGUAGGAUGUCAUCAAUCUAUUCUGCUAGUAUGAUAGCAAGAAAUGCAAACAUUACGCAUGUCGUUGUGCAUGACGUAGAUCGAAUGAUCGAGAAGUGGUUUUCCUGGGAGUUUCUGUGUGAUGAGAACUUAGUUUCUUCAAAAAGGAGAUUAUGGAACUUUAGGAUCACAGGCCAAUUAAAUUCUACAAUUUUUUGCCCUGCCAAAGAGAUUACGAUAGAGUAA